GAUUAUUUGGCUGGCUACAAGUUUGGAGCUGAAAAUGGUGUUGUUAGGGCCUCACCAUACCCCUUUGUCGAACUUCGUUCUACCAUCUUUCAUCUCCUUCACCUUUGUUCUCCUCUCCCAAUUCGCCCUAGCCAUGGUUCCUUGCUACUUCUCUUUCUUCCCUUUCCUCGCCAAGCUUGCACUUUCAGCUCUUCUCCUCUUAGCUGUUACAGGUUUUGGCGGUUGUUGCAGGCGGCUUGUUCGUGUUCAUGCGUCUGCUCCGGCUUUUGUCUUCUUCAAUGUCCUGUUUAUUUGGGGAGUUUAUGUUGCAGUUAUCCGAGAAGCCAUACCAUCACUUUCAGAUGUUGUAUUCAAUUUAGAGCUUUCCCUGCUAAUGAUUGGUUACUACAGAAUUCUAUGCAGUGAUCCUGGUCUGGUUACCCAUCAAUCUUCUGGUUUAGACAAGAUCAUUGGGAAUAGAGAUUCUGAAGAAGAGGAACUUUCACCAAGUCAUGUAAUUCAUGAGCAACACAGUAAAGAGGCAGAAGAGACAGGAUAUCCUCUAACCAGGAGGGUAAGAUAUUGCAAGCAUUGUAAGGCAUACAUAUGGGGAUUUGAUCACCACUGUCCUGCAUUUGGGAACUGUAUAGGUCAAAAAAAUCAUGCACUGUUUAUGGCUCUUCUAGUUGGAUUUAUUAUUGCUGAGGCAUCUUAUGUAAUGUUGUCAACUCAAUUUAUCACGGUUUCCCGGUCCAUUGGCGAAACUGUAUUGGAGUCUAAUCCAGCUAGCAACUUGGCUACCAGUACAAUGCUAUUCUGCCUUAUUCAAGUUCUAUGGCAGGUGGUAUUCCUCACAUGGCAUAUUUAUUGUAUAUGUUUCAACAUCAAAACUGAUGAGUGGAUAAAUUGGAGGAAGUAUCCAGAGUUCCAACUCACUGUACAGUGUCAACCAGGGCAUACCCUGGUUGAAACAAAGUUUAGGAAUCCAUAUGACACAGGUAUAUUAAGCAAUGUGAAGGAGUUUUUGGCAGCAAGUAAGAGCCAAUUUUGGUGCACGUGUUAAAGAUCCAAAU